AUGAGUGACAGUGACAGUGAAGAAGAGAUCUUCGUAGUUGCAGCAGCUCUUGCUUCGGAAGAGGAAGAGCGUCUGCGACAGAAGAGGAUGUUCCUUGGCCAUGCGGGAACGUACAGAAGUGUUGCUUUCAGUUACAGGAUGGGAGAAUCUACAGUUGCGUCUAUCGUACACUCCACUUGCAAAGCCAUAUGGGAUGUGUUAUCACCUUUUGUAAUGCCUCAACCGACCCGUGAAAAGUGGGAAGAAGUGGAAAAAGGUUUUAACGAAAAAUGGAACUAUCCUAACUGUAUUGGAGCGGUUGAUGGGAAGCACAAAGGCUUCAGUGUUGUUUUGCUCGCGUUGGUAGACGCCAACUACAAAUUUUUAACUGUUGACGUUGGUGCUUAUGGGAAGAACAGCGAUGGGGGAAUUUUCAAAGAAUCUGGGCUAGGGAAAAACUAUUAUGCUGGACUUUUAAAUCUACCCCCUCCAAAACCACUGAACAACUCAAGAAUCAUCCUUCCUCAUGUAAUGGUGGCAGACGAAGCAUUCCCCCUUCACGUGCAUAUUAUGAGACCUUACCCUGGUACCCAGCUAGGAAAUGUGGCAAACAAAGCAUAUAACUAUAGACACAGCCGAGCCCGCAGGGUAGUGGAAAGUGCGUUUGGGAUACUGGCGAAGAAGUUCAGAGUAUAUUCGCAAAAGCUUCAAGUUAACCCCGACCAUGUUGAUUUGAUCGUGUUAGCAACAACAUGCCUCCACAACUUCUUGCGAGGGGAUGAUGAGAAUCUGUGGCGCCCAGGAGAACUUGAAGAAGUGGAAGAGUUUCACGGUCUUCAGCCUCUUACCAGAAUAGGGUGCAACUCAGCUUUAGACACCUUUGAAAUUAGAGAUGGUUUCAGGAAAUACUUUACUUCGAGAGAGGGGAAAGUGUCUUGGCAAGAUGAGAAGAUAAGUGCUGCUCACAAGAAAGUAACGUUCAGCAUAAUGAGGAGCAAACGGUGCUUGGAGAAGACGUCUUGA